CCCAACCUCACAAGAACAAUCAAAUAGCGGGGCGGCAGCUGUAUACCAGCAGCUCGCUCAAGACACCUGCCAAAAUUCCUCACUCAUCUUCAUACCGCCGGCCUGCCAACAUCCCAUUGCACACGCUAUCAACACCCUCAAGGCACGCCGUAGACGACGUUGAGACCGACUCGGUCGCCCUGAUAGAGUCGGACUCGUCCGACGAUUGGGAAACUGGGGACUUGGUAGAUCAACUCGCCGACCAGGAAGACCCCCUACGCAUACAGCUUGAAGGGGAAUUUGGAGGCUCUGUCAGAUCUUAUCGUCACCGGAAGCAGGUUCGAUAUCGGUCACCCUCUUAUCGAGAAAAGGACAGUCGGAGUGGUGCCACCAGGAGAAAGGAGGACAUUGAGAUACCAGAUCCAGGUCCUCGUACAAUCAGCAAGGGAGAGAAGAUCCUUGCUGCCAUAAUGGCGCCUAACGAUGGACCGUCCCGAAUUCACGGGCUACAUGGGAAAAAACUGGUAUACUUUACAAGCGUCUUUGUGUCCUUGGGCGUGUUCCUCUUUGGGUACGAUCAAGGUGUCAUGUCAGGCAUCAUCACUGGCCACUAUUUUAAAGACUACUUUGACCAGCCCUCCAAAGCCGAAAUUGGUACCAUGGUGGCUAUCCUCGAGGUUGGUGCAUUCAUAGCUUCGCUAUGCAUUGGAAGAAUUGGAGAUGUUAUUGGAAGAAGACGUACAAUUCUAUACGGCGCUAUAAUAUUUGUAAUCGGAGGAGCUCUGCAAAGCUUUGCAAACGGCAUGCCUAUGAUGCUCCUUGGCAGGAUCACAGCAGGUCUGGGAGUGGGCGCGUUGUCCACAAUCGUUCCAGUCUACCAGUCGGAGAUAUCUCCGCCACACAACCGCGGCAAGCUUGCAUGUAUCGAGUUCACCGGCAACAUUACCGGUUACGCUGCGAGUGUGUGGGUAGACUAUAUCUGCACUUUCAUACCAAGCCAUUGGUCGUGGAGAGUACCUCUGCUUAUGCAGUGUAUCAUGGGUGGAUUGCUGGCCCUGGGCAGUUUGGUCAUUUGCGAGUCUCCCAGAUGGCUACUUGACAAUGACUUUGACGAGGAGGGCAUUGUCGUCAUUGCUAACCUCUAUGGCAAAGGUGAUAUCCACAAUCCAAAAGCUCGUGACGAGUAUCGAGAGAUCAAAAUGAAUGUUCUUCUGCAACGGCAGGAAGGAGAACGAUCUUAUUCUGAUAUGUUUAAGCGCUAUCGGAAGCGUGUUUUCAUCGCCAUGUCUGCUCAAGCGCUUGCCCAACUAAACGGCAUAAACGUCAUCAGCUACUAUGCUCCGCUUGUUUUCGAACAAGCAGGAUGGGUCGGCCGCAGAGCUAUUCUCAUGACUGGUAUAAACUCCCUUACUUAUUUCGCGUCCACCAUUCCACCAUGGUAUGUCGUCGACACCCUUGGAAGGCGCCCUAUUCUCCUUAGCGGUGCUAUCAUGAUGAUCAUCUCGCUAUCUGCAGUAUCGUACUUCAUCUAUUUGGAAGCUAGCUUCACCCCGACUAUGGUCGUGAUCUUUGUUAUGAUAUACAACGCCGCAUUUGGGUUUUCAUGGGGACCCAUUCCAUGGCUAUACCCACCAGAGAUCCUUCCAUUGAGCAUCAGAGCGAAGGGUGCCAGCUUGAGUACGGCUACAAACUGGGCGUUUAACUGGCUGGUCGGUGAAAUGACACCCAUUCUGCAAGAGUGGAUCCAAUGGCGACUUUAUCUCUUACACGCGUUCUUCUGCGCAGUCAGCUUCGUCGUUGUAUGGUUCAUUUAUCCCGAAACGGCAAAUGUUCGUCUCGAGGAUAUGAAUUCCUUGUUUGGCGAUGCCACAACCGCCAUGCCUACUCCAGCAACUCUGGCGGAGGCAGAGUCUCUAUUUAGUGGCAAUCGAUCUCCCGUGCCUUCGUUACCAGGCGGCCUUGGGGCAGAUCAUGCGAUUCCAGGUCUCGACAUCAACCCUCCAAAUGUCGGCACAAGCAAAUCCAGCAAGGGCAACGAUAACGGUGAGGGUUUGGGCGGAUGGAUCUCUAAUCUCGUAAGCCGUGGCAAAGGUGGCGAUGGAGAGAGUAGCAAAGGAUAUAAGAGAGUUGACCAAGAGGAGGAUUGAGUGAUAACGAUCAUCUAGACAAGCGGGCGCAAAGCAUUUUCUCCUUACGUCACGGCACAUUCUCUCCACGGCGAUGUCUAUUGAUAUGAUACC